ACCUUGUUGUCGGAGAUCCGAUGGGAAAAAAACAUCACGCUAGGGGAGCCUCCCGGGUUUCUACAUUCCUGGUGGUGCGUAUUUUGGGACCUUUACUGUGCAGCUCCUGAAAGGCGAGAUACUUGUGAACAUUCAAGUGAAGCAAAAGCCUUUCAUGAUUAUAGUGCAGCUGCAGCCCCGAGUCCAGUCCUUGGAAACAUUCCUCCUAACGAUGGAAUGCCAGGGGGUCCCAUCCCUCCGGGUUUCUUUCAGGGACCACCUGGUUCUCAGCCCUCGCCACACGCACAGCCUCCACCUCACAAUCCUAACAGCAUGAUGGGACCCCACAGUCAGCCUUUCAUGUCACCACGAUAUGCAGGAGGUCCCCGACCCCCCAUCAGAAUGGGAAACCAGCCUCCAGGGGCUGUUCCUGGGACACAGCCAUUGCUGCCCAAUUCAAUGGAUCCGACACGACAACAAGGGCAUCCUAACAUGGGAGGACCGAUGCAGCGGAUGAAUCCUCCAAGAGGGAUGGGCCCCAUGGGUCCCGGUCCACAGACUGAUCCUUGGUUAUCAUUGCAGAACUAUGGCGGCGGAAUGAGACCUCCACCCAACUCUUUAGGCCCUGGCAUGCCUGGAAUUAACAUGGGCCCAGGUGCUGGAAGACCAUGGCCCAAUCCCAGCAGUGCUAAUUCAAUUCCAUACUCCUCUUCAUCGCCUGGUACAUAUGUGGGGCCCCCUGGUGGUGGAGGCCCUCCCGGGACACCUAUCAUGCCUAGUCCUGCAGAUUCAACAAAUUCAAGUGACAACAUCUACACAAUGAUUAAUCCAGUACCGCCUGCAGGCAGUCGAUCGAAUUUCCCAAUGGGACCUGGUUCUGACGGCCCGAUGGGAGGCAUGGGCGGGAUGGAGCCACAUCACAUGAAUGGAUCACUAGGGUCAGGUGACAUAGAUGGACUUCCAAAAAAUUCUCCAAACAACAUAAGUGGCAUUAGCAAUCCCCCGGGCACUCCAAGAGAUGAUGGCGAACUGGGAGGCAACUUCCUCCAUUCCUUCCAAAAUGACAAUCGCGACAGUUCCUCCUCCAGUAACCAGACCUGCUUGUGGAAGACUCUCCACUACUACGUAGAAAGUUGUUAAUGCAGUUGGCCCUUCAUAGGAUCACAUCCUUGAAUGAAUAGUGAUCUUACUGUCUGCAAUUACUGGCAUGCACUGUACUAGUCUUUUCCCACCCCCCUCAUGGCAUAGAAGGAGUGCUCCUUAUGUCCAUUCCCCCCACCCCCUUGACAGUCUUUGAGUGGGGGUUCGUUUCCACCAAAAGAGAGAGGAGAAAGAAAGGGUUAAUCUGACCUGGGACUUUGAAACUGUGAUCUCAAGCUAAUGUCUUUGUUGGGUUUCCUUUUUUUGUUUGUUUUUUGUUUUUGGUUUUGUUUCGUUUUUUCAUUUUUACUUUUAAUUUUGGGGGGGUUUUUUAAAGGAAAAAAAAAAAAGAUGUGAUCUUAUCAGGGUUUCACUGUAUAUGCUUUGGAACUGGAUGGAGAUACUUUUUAAGUAAUUAUUGUUGUUAAAAUGUAUACUUGCUAUUCUGUAGGCUCACUCUGUAAUAAAAAAAUAAACAAAAAUUGAAAAAAAAAUAAUUAAAAUUUACCUUCCUUCUCAUGGUAGAGGUGACUACAGAACAGUAACGAGAGAACCAUGUAAAGUGACACUCUCCAGAACUUCGGGAUCUAUGUACAUUACACUACCCUGUAGUUGGUCUUUGUUUUAUAAAUCUCCAUUUCUGAUCCAUGUAUAUCAUAUUAUGUAAAAUAUUAUCUCCCUGGAUUUACCUUUGUGCGGAUUAUUGAAAACAUUGUAUCUUGUUUCAGUGUUUUUUCUUACCUUGUAGUCUGGUUCUAAAAUAAGAGAGGGAAAAAAGUAAUUAUUAUACAUUGUAGUUUGUGUACGAUAUUUGUUGAUAAUGUUUUAUUAAAGGGAUGUCUUUUUUCCGCACCCCUUCAUUCGAGAUGUUUUUGGGGGAACAUUGGCUCGUUUUUAUUAUUCUGACUGCAAGACAUGAGAUGACAGACUUUUUUUAGCGUGUAAUAUGAAUUUUUUUAAAUGUUUGCCUUCUUUUUCCUAGGCAUUUUAAUUGUGCUUUACCUGUAGAAAGUUGCUGGGCGGAUCGGGGCAUGAGGGCGGGGGGAGGGGAGGGGGGUGUCAGUCUCAUAGUUACAGUCAGGUUAAUAUUUAAAAAUAAUAAUAAAAAAAAAAAAUCAAACGAAGAUUUGUGGCAUUGCGCAUACACCCGUUGUCUCCAGAAUGGGUCAUCUCUUUUUAACUUUUUUUUUAUUCUCUUUUUUUUUUUUAAUUCUUUUUUUUUUUUUUUUGGUUUUUUUUCUUUUGUUUGUUGGUUUUGUUCUGAAGUGAGAAAUGACAGACCGGCUUUAAUGUAUUUUAAAAUGGAUAGCUAAAUUAUUGUCUUCAUUGGUAUGGGAUGGUUUUUUGACUGAAGCGGUUCUUUUUUUCCCCCUCCAUGCUGUAAUAAAUAUAAACAUAAACAUUU